AAUAGGACAAAAAAAGUGCGCUCUCCCCCCCUCGCCAGCGAGAAACAGUCCACCGUAUUUACUCCCCAUAUCUUCUUCCUCUUCACUCUUCUCCUCAGUCUUCUUCGGGAAGAUCUCAUCAGGCUUUCUCUGCAAUUUUUUUCUGCUAAUUUUCUACUAUGAUGUGAAAGAGAGAAUUAGUAUAGUUUCGUUUGGAUAUUUACAUAAAGCGAGGAUGUUUGGAGAUUGUCAAGUGCUGCCGUCGAUGAUAGGCGGCGGCGGAGGAAGCGGUGGAGGGAACGUGGUAUCCCCUGAUCCAUUCUUCUCCUCCCAGAUCCAAAACCCUAAUCUUGGAAGCGUAGCCGGUUUCAUGGCAGGCGUUGUGCCCUUCUCUUCCUUCCCUCCCACGGUGCCGCUAUUCCAGCUGCAGAAGGAGGAGCAGGCCCGGAAGGAGGAGGAGAUGGAGAGCGCCUCCGGGAGCGGGCAUCUGGAAGGACUAAGCUGCGGCGAGGAGAACGACGACGGAACGCCGCCACCUCUAACGUUGCCGUCGAACUCUGCUCCGGCGAAGAAGAAACGUUACCACCGUCACACUUCACGGCAGAUCCAGGAGAUGGAAGCAUUGUUUAAGGAAUGCCCGCACCCGGACGAUAAACAGCGGCUCCGGUUAAGCCAGGAGCUUGGCCUGAAACCUCGCCAGGUGAAGUUCUGGUUCCAGAAUCGCCGGACACAGAUGAAGGCGCAACAGGACAGGUCGGAUAACGUGAUCCUGCGAGCGGAGAACGAUAGCCUGAAGAACGAGAACUACCGGCUGCAAGCGGCGAUCCGCAACGUUAUCUGCCCCAACUGCGGCGGGCCCGCGAUGCUCGGCGAAAUGUCGUUUGACGAGCACCACCUCCGCAUAGAGAACGCUCGCUUGAAGGAAGAGCUCGAUAGAUUGUCAUGCAUUGCCGGAAGGUUGGGCGGCGGCGGCGGCCGAUCCCUGCUACCUUCAUCACCUAAUCUGCUUCUUCCACCAUCACUGGACCUGGACAUGGGAGCAUACUCAAGACAAUUCCACGAUCUUCCCCCACCCCCUGCGGGGUCAUGCUGCGAUAUGCUUCUCGGCUCCGGGCUCGUCGACGAGGACUCUGCUUUCGCCGGCAUGCUAAUAAUGGAAGGGAAGAAGCCUCUGGCUCUCGAGCUCGCCAUGGCUGCCGCCGAACAGAUGCUGAGAAUGUCUCGGGUGAAUGAGCCUCUUUGGUUGAAGAAAGUCGGCAAUGGUGUUGGUGAGGGAGCGGUGGAGUUUCUUGAUGAAGAAGAGCAUGCAAGGUUGUUUCCAUGGCCGAUGGAAUUGAAGCAGAUGGGUGGCGGUGGGUAUAGGGUGGAGGGGACCAGAGAUACCGGGCUGGUUAUCAUGAACGGCAUAACUCUGGUGGAUGCAUUCAUGGACGCUAAUCAAUGGUUGGAAAUGUUCCCCUCUAUUGUAUCCAAGGCAAAAACAAUUCAAAUUAUUACAACUGGCCUCCCUGGUAAUGGAAGCGGCUCUCUUCACCUGAUGUAUGCAGAGUUUCAGGUUCUUUCACCUCUGGUGCCUACACGAGAGGCAUAUUUCUUUCGAUAUUGCCAGCAAAAUGUGGAAGAAGGUACGUGGACAAUUGUUGAUUUUCCAGUGGACAAUCUUCAGGAUAUUAUACAAAUGCCCCUAAUGCGGUAUAGGAGAAGGCCUUCCGGCUGCGUCAUCCAAAGCAUGCCUAAUGGAUACUCAAAGGUGACGUGGAUAGAACAAGCAGAGGUGGAAGAUAAGCCAAUACACCAAAUAUUUUCUCAGUUCGUUAACAGUGGAAUGGGAUUUGGAGCAACUCGCUGGCUAUCGGCUUUACAGCUACAGUGCGAACGGUUAGCAGCUUUAAUGGCCACAAAUAUUUCAGAUCUGGGAGUAAUCUCCACACCAGAGGGAAGGAAGAACAUAAUAAAGCUAUCACACAGAAUGGUGAGGACCUUCUAUGCUAGUAUUACUUCAUCUGGAGGACAAUCAUGGACUGCGCUUUCUGAUUCACCAGAUGAUACAAUUAGAGUAACGACCAGAAAAAAUACUUUGCCGGGGCAGCCUAAUGGUGUUAUUCUGUCCGCAGUAUCCACCGCAUGGCUUCCAUUUUCUUACCAUCAAGUCUUCGAUCUCUUGACCGAUCAGCAGAGAAGGUCUCAGCUGGACGCUUUGUCGAGCGGAAACUCUCUGCACGAGAUUGAUCAUAUUGCAAAUGGCUCGCAUCCUAAGAACUGCGUGUCUCUUCUACGCGUAAAUGCCGCGAGCAACUCCUCCCAGAAGGUGGAGCUGCUUCUACAGGAGAGCCGCACACACCCUUCGGGCGGCAGCCUUAUCGUCUACGCGACAAUCGAUGUCGGAGCCGUUCAACUCGUGACGAACGGUGAGGAUACAUCCUACAUUCCCCUUCUCCCCACCGGUUUCGUCCUUUUCCCUGCAGAACAACCGGCCUCUGCUUCGUGCUCCAACACCGCCACAAACAACUCCGUCCCCGUCGGCUGUCUCCUCACAGUCGGGAUGCAGGUGCUGGCGAGCGCCGUCCCCUCUGCCAAACUCAAUCUUUCCAGCGUUACCGCCGUCAACCACCAUCUUUUCUCCGCGGUGCACCAGAUCAGCAACGCGCUCGCCGGAAGUGUGUCAACUGUUGCUCCCCCAAGUUUAGAACAACAGUAGUAGCCGCCCCAAGGGGCUAUGUUUCAAAAUGACUAAAAUACCCUUACUAUCAUUUCUCACUAUUCCAUUAAACUCCCACAUGUUGUGAGGGCAUUUUGGUCAUUUUGAAUCUUUUGGUGAAAAAAUUAUGUUCCAAUAAAUUAGUUUUCGAGUAGUGUUAAGUUAAAAUUUAAAGAUUAGUGUAAUGGAUUAAGAGAAGAAGAAGAAGAAAGAGAGAGAGAGAGGGGCAGUCAAGAGCGCACCAGAUGCGAUCCUAGAGUCAUUUGAAGUGUUUAGAAGGGCUUCUAAGAGGCUUCAGGGCGAAUCGGUUCGGGUAUUGACUUCUUCUGCUUGCCAGAACUGUUAAAAACUAAGCCAUUGCUGUUAUGUUAUGUACAUUAUUUCUCUUCAGUAUGCAAACUUUUUAAUUAUAACUUUAUGCUUUGGGCUUUGUUGCCAUUUGAUGAAUCUGGAUCA